CUAUUCUCGAAAUGAGCGACGACAUACCCCGCAGCAAGCUGGAUUCUCGCAACGAAACACCACCACAGCAUGCAAUCGGGGAACCUGACAUGCCACGCUAUCUGACAAGAGCUGAUGCAUUCAACAACACCUUUCAAGGCGUUGGGACAGCUACGGCACCGCCCCCGCGCGAGCAACUUGUUAAGAAGGUGACAGGAACGAUGGUUGUGCUCGUGCAUCCCAGCCAAAGCGGCAAUCCCAUGCUGAACCACAUGCAAAACGUGUUGCCCGAAGUCAAUGCUGAUGUCACAGCAGAUUAUAUGAUGGGCGACACUUGCGCAGCGUACUUCAUCUCAGUGCGAUAUCACAUGCUGCAUCCACACUACCUCAAAAACAAGUUGGCGCGAGCAACGCGAGUAAAAGUCCAGGUCGUGGUGUGCCACGUGGAUGUUGCAGAUUGUGAAUCGGCCCUCAAGGAGAUCAAUUGCGAGGCGUUGGGUGCAGGGUUCACGCUGCUCUUGGCAUGGAGUUGGAAAGGUUUGUUCGUUUGUCAGUACACUCACAUAAUCUCUCUCCAGAAGCUGCACGGUAUAUAGAAACGUUAAAGGCGUACGAAAACAAGUCGGCAGCGCUGAUCAAGGAGAAAAUCGAUGGCGAUUUCAACUCGCAGCUGGUUGAUGUGUUGACAACGGUUCGGUCAGUGAACAAGACCGAUGUGCUGACGUUGUCGGGUUCGUUUGGGUCCCUGAGCCGCAUCAUGAAUGCGACAGAAGAGGAACUCGCGCUGUGCCCAGGCAUUGGGGGCAAAAAGGUGCAGCAGUUGUUGGAAGCGUUCAAUCAGCCAUUUCAAAGCUAAUAUAGAACACAGGAAUACACAACACACGAUAGAGUGGAUUCAAACAUAAUCCGAUAUCUACCUACUUUCGCUUGCGCAAAUCAGCUGCCAGCUGCGCGGCCAUUUCGGCUUGCUUGGCGGCCUGUUGUUGGGCAUCCACUUCGGCUUGUCUCUUUUUUUGUUCUGCCAGUUCCUCUUGCUCCGACAUGUGGUUGAUAAAUUGAACAGCUUGGGCGAAUAUGCUCUCGCCCCAAUUGUCCUGAGGCUGAAGGGCUUGUGCUUCUUCGCGAACUUCUUUGAUUUCUUCGCCAAUCAUCUCUUCGGCCAAUUUGAAGCUCAUGUACGACCCGUCCUUAAUCAAGUCGUUCGUCUUUAGUCGAUGCAUCCCUUGCGCUUCUGUCUGUAUUCUUCGGAUAAGAGGGAUGUCAGCCACAGCUCGUCGAAACAACGCAGAGCACAACGUCUUCAUGUCUUCUUCGGCCAACACUGCCGGGGCCUUUUCUUUUAACGCACGGUAUUCCUCAAUUUGAGGCGGCAACGUGAAGUCAAAUCCGUUGAUCAUCUCCUCCAAGAUGUCAUCGCCUUCUGCUCCCUUCUUCGGUCGCAUUGCCUUCACAGCACAGUAGACCAAGAACACUGCGAACACAAACACGCCUAUCGCGACCCAUUCCACGGCGGACACCAUGACAACUGCUGACCUCACCGCACAAACCAAGACUGUUG